UACCGCGUAUGACUAUGUUUCAAAAGAUAACCAAGUGCUCCAGCCUCCAUGCAUCCUCUCGCAACAUUAGUCUUUCAAAUGUGCGAUGCGCCAUAACCAACUUUCUGAAUGUCGAUCAGGGUUCUUUUCGAAAGCCUUUCAGCCAAGUGCCGAGCAUUCCAGCUUUGCCUUUUAUAGGAAGCUCAUGGAUAUAUGCCCCGCUAUUGGCAAUCAUGAUGGUAUCCCUGGGAAAAAAACUCGGACUACUUGGCGGAAGCGUGAAACGGGACUCGGAAGCGGAAACAAUCUUCUACGCCGUCGACCGCAUCUUCAAUGGUCUGGAUGCACUCGUGACGCACUUCCCGUACUACCGCUACUUUCCGACGCCCACGAGCCGCAGUUUCAAUGGUGCCGGAGAUGCGCUUGUACCGCUGCUGUUCCGCAUGACUGAAGAAGCAGUGGCCGAGACACUAAGGGAGAGCAACCAGAGCAGCACCAUACUACAACGCUUGCUCAGACACCAGAAGGCUGACCUGAAGGAGAUGUUCACAUUCCUGCACGACGUUGUCAUCUCCGGGGCCAACACAACAGGAGCUGCGGCUACAUUCGCUCUCUACCAUCUGGCUACAAAUCCUGAGGUCCAAGCAAAAGUGCGAGACGAGAUCAUGUCAUUGCCGUCUGAUCAGCACCCAGAAGGAACGCAAUCAAGCAGUGAUAAUGCUUUACCGUAUAUGAAAGCUUGCAUAAAAGAAACCCUCCGGCUUCAUCCCAUCAUCCCUGGCGUCAAUCUGAAAGUAAAGCGUCAAGUCAUCAUGUCUGGGUACUGCAUACCAGCUAAUGUGGUGCUAAGGACCGAGUGGUACGUAGCCGGGAGGCUGGAGGAGAACUUCAGCCGAGCGUCCGCGUUUCUGCCCGAAAGGUGGCUGCAGAGGUCGAGCGAGGAGGAGCGUGAUUCCGGCAAGGCCGGCGUUAAAGCGUGGACCCUGCAUCCGUUCGCGUCGUUGCCCUUUGGCAUUGGGCCGCGAACGUGCAUUGGUAAAAGAAUCGCCGAGAUGGAGCUCUGCACACUUCUGACUCAAGUACUGAAGAGGUACAAAGUUCAAAGUCACCAUGUUGACAUCGGAUUUCGUACUCAAUCCACUGGAAGGGCUGAGCGACCGGUCACAUUGCAGUUUAUUGAUUUAGAGUCCACGGUUACAAGUUCCGCUUGAAUACAUACAAUACCAAUCUAACCAUCGCCAUAACUCAUGGAGCUUGUCAAUCAUACAACAGACA